AUGGAAGGUGGUCAGAGGCGGCCCUGCAGUAACGUGUCGGCGCGUCUUGUUGCAGGCACGAAGGAGAGCGCGUUCAUACACGCGGUGACGGCGGCGGGCCUCGUGCACGCCGUGACGCGCGCGUGCAGCGCGGGGAACGGCACCGCCAGCGUGCAGAGCGGCGGCUCCGCCAGCGAGGGCUGGCACUGGGGCGGCUGCUCGGAUGACAUCCACUACGGGAUGUCGUUCAGCAGAAAGUUCCUGGACGUGCCUCUCAAGAACAUCACGGGCAAGGGCGGGAGCGGACUGGCAGCGAUGAACCUGCACAAUAACGAGGCUGGGAGGCAGGCUGUAGCAAAGCUGAUGUCAGUGGACUGCCGAUGCCAUGGCGUUUCUGGGUCCUGUGCUGUGAAAACUUGUUGGAAAACAAUGUCGUCCUUUGAAAAGAUUGGCCGUUUUUUAAAGGACAAGUAUGAAAACAGCAUACAGAUAUCAGAGAGAGUGAAAAAAAAGCUACGCAGGAAAGAGAAAAGCCAGAGGAAAAUACCGAUCCAGAAAGAAGAUCUGCUGUAUCUAAACAAAUCACCCAAUUAUUGUGUAGAAGACCAUAAGCUGGGGAUCCCUGGAACACAGGGAAGGGAAUGUAACCGCACAUCAGAGGGACCCGAUGGCUGCAACCUCCUCUGCUGCGGGCGCGGGUACAACACGCACGUUGUGCGGCACGUGGAGAGGUGCGAAUGCAAGUUCGUCUGGUGCUGCUACGUGCGCUGCCGACGCUGCGAGACCAUGACCGAUGUCCACACCUGCAAAUGA